CCGUCACUGCCGCUCGUAACAGCCGUGUGCGGUCGCAGUCGCCGUCGUGUCGCGCGCGCGUUUCCGGGUGUUAUUUUUGCGACCAGUCCGCAGGUAUAAUAUUAUAGUAUUAUAGAGCAGUCGUGUCGCGUCGACGUGUGCGUGUGCGCGAGUGCGUGAACUGAUACGACGAGAUUUUCAAUAAUUUUCUGUCCGUUCGGCGACGACUGUUAUUCUCUCACUCUCUACGGUUUUUCGAUUCUUCCCCCAUAAUUACCCCCUCCCCCUCUCCUCACCUACAAAUUUUUCCACCGCCACGACGAGCAUUUCCAAUUUUUUCAAUUUUUCCAUCCGCAGAUAUCCUCCUUUGACAUGCCCGUCCGCCGUCGCGGUCCUCGCGGCGGUCCGUCCGCCACGCCGGCGUUGCACCCCGGACGUGCGUGAACAGCCCGCCAAAACAACCCCCGCCGCCGUCAUGAAGACCGGUUGAUACCAGAACGCGAACGACCCUAUUCUGCAGGUGGCGGAGUGAUGUUGGGUGGCGUGGUUGGUAGGCACAUGAGCAUACGGCGUAGGGAGAGCUCCCCGUCGGUACCUCACCCAGGUGGCCCGGGGAGUCCCAGAUAUAGGAGACGGAGACGAGCGGUGACCACAUCAGAUCAUAAGACAUGUGCUCUUAUACAGACCAGAAUAAAACUUGGCGACAUCAUAAUGUUGGCGGCGGAGAAGGAAGUCGCUGCGGCCGCGGGACGUGACUGCAUCGGGUCGGCGGGAACAUCCGCCGGCAUGGGGAGGCCACGGUCCCACCACCAUCACCACCAUCACCACCACCAGCAGGCGGACGCGCCCCCCGGGCCGUCGUCCUUGUUCCUGUUCAGCACCGACAACCCCGUCCGCCGGUACACCAGGUUCAUCAUCGAAUGGCCUCCGUUCGAAUAUGCGGUGCUGUUAACCAUCAUAGCCAACUGCGUGGUGUUGGCUCUGGAGGAACAUCUGCCCAGGGGAGACAAGACUGUACUUGCUAAGACUUUGGAGGCAACCGAACUCGUUUUCCUAGCAAUUUUUUGCGUCGAAGCGACUCUCAAAAUAUUAGCUUUAGGUUUUUUACUGCACAGUGGCUCAUAUCUUCGUAAUAUAUGGAACAUUAUGGACUUUUUUGUAGUUGUAACAGGAUGUAUAACACAAAUACCGUCAGCGGCAAACAUGGAUCUGCGGACGCUGCGAGCGAUCCGGGUAUUGAGGCCGCUCAAAUUGGUCUCCGGAAUUCCAAGUCUGCAAGUCGUGCUGAAGUCCAUCAUCAAGGCGAUGGCUCCGCUACUCCAGAUUGGUUUAUUGGUGUUAUUUGCUAUCAUCAUAUUCGCAAUCAUCGGACUGGAGUUUUACUCCGGAGCGUUGCACAAGACUUGCUACAGGUUGGAUAAUCUGAUUGCGAUGCAAAUCGAGGGAACGAACCCGGCGCCUUGCAACUCGGACUCGGACUCAAAAGAUGAGGCGAAGCCGUACAACGCGUACUUCUGUGAUAGCACGAUGUCCACGUGCAUAGAAAACUGGGUAGGUCCCAAUUACGGGAUCACGUCGUUCGAUAACAUCGGACUGGCCAUGCUCACUGUUUUCCAAUGCAUCACCAUGGAAGGGUGGACUACCAUCCUGUACUGGAUGAACGAUGCGUACGGCGUGCUAUUCAAUUGGAUAUAUUUUGUACCACUUAUUAUUCUAGGUUCAUUUUUUAUGCUCAAUUUAGUUCUCGGUGUGCUUAGCGGAGAAUUCGCUAAAGAAAGAGAAAAAGUCGAAAACCGGCAAACGUUCUUGAAGCUACGGCGACAGCAACAGCUGGAACGCGAGCUCAACGGUUAUGUAGACUGGAUAUGCAAAGCCGAAGAGGUCAUCCUGGCCGAAGAACGGACCACAGAUGAGGAGAGAAGACACAUUAUCGAAGCGAGAAGAAGAGCUGACAUAAAAAGGAAAAAACUGAAAACCUUGGGCAAAAGCAAAAGCACUGAGUCCGAGGAAGAGUGCGAAGAGGAAGAAGCCGAUGAAGGUUUCCCGCGCACGCCGACGUUCAAAGACCGAAUGCGAAAAAAGGGCGUUUGCGCUUCUAUGUGGAGAGCCGAAAAACGGUUUAGGUUUUGGAUCAGACGCAUGGUAAAAGCGCAAUGGUUCUAUUGGUUCGUCAUCGUAUUAGUGUUUUUUAAUACAGUGUUCGUGGCCAUCGAACAUCACAAACAACCAGAAUACAUAACGAAUUUCGUCUUUUAUUCUGAGUACGUGUUCCUCAUGCUCUUCAUGGCCGAAAUGUUCAUCAAAAUGUACGCACUCGGCAUACGGAUAUACUUUGAUUCCGCGUUCAACCGUUUCGAUUGCGUCGUAAUCAUGGGUUCCAUAUUCGAAGUCGUCUGGUCAGCCGUGAAAGGCGGUUCCUUCGGUCUGUCCGUGCUGAGAGCACUUCGGUUGUUACGAAUAUUCAAAGUGACAAAGUAUUGGUCUUCGUUGAGGAACCUCGUGAUAUCGUUACUCAACUCCAUGAGAUCAAUUAUAUCGUUGCUUUUCCUAUUGUUCUUGUUCAUACUGAUAUUCGCACUGCUCGGUAUGCAGUUGUUCGGUGGACAGUUCAAUUUCGAAGAAGGAACACCUCCGACAAACUUCAACACGUUCCCAAUAGCUCUGUUAACCGUGUUUCAGAUUCUAACCGGCGAAGAUUGGAACGAAGUCAUGUACCAAGGCAUUAGAAGUCAAGCCCAGACUCAAGGUGGAGGGAUGAUAUACGCUCUAUACUUCAUUAUCUUAGUACUUUUCGGUAACUAUACACUGCUGAACGUGUUCUUGGCCAUUGCCGUCGACAAUUUAGCGAAUGCGCAAGAAUUAACAGCUGCCGAGGAAGAGCAAGAAGAAGAGGACAAAGAGAAACAACAACAAGAACUCGAGAAAGAAAUGGAAGCAUUACAAAUGAGUACUGACCCGUCCAAGAUGGAAAUGAUCCCAACAUCGCCAUCACAAAAUUCCAGACAUCACCGAAAACAUCAUUCGGAUGAGCCCGACAGCAAAGUAGAGGAAGAGGAAGAAGAUGAAGGACCGAAACCCAUGUUACCGUAUUCGUCUAUGUUUUUGUUGUCACCUACCAACGGCAUUAGAAGAGCCGCCCAUUGGAUCGUCAAUUUGAGGUAUUUCGAUUUUUUUAUCAUGCUGAUUAUCAUAUUGAGCAGCGUGGCGUUAGCUGCCGAGGAUCCGAUUAACGACGAUUCAGAUUGGAACAAUUAUUUGGACGUAGUCGAUAACGUGUUCACAGUGAUUUUUGCAAUAGAAAUGAUACUGAAGAUAAUCGAUCUGGGGGUGAUUUUACAUCCCGGUUCGUACCUCAGAGAGUUUUGGAACAUAAUGGACGCGGUGGUGGUCAUCUGCGCGUUCGCGUCAUUCAUAUUCCAAAAGGGCGGCGGUUCCGUCGGCACGAACCUGUCGACCAUCAAGUCGCUCCGCGUGCUUCGAGUUUUGCGACCGUUGAAGACCAUCAAGCGCGUACCGAAGCUCAAAGCUGUGUUUGACUGCGUAGUCAAUUCGCUGAAGAACGUUAUCAACAUACUUAUCGUGUACAUACUGUUUCAUUUCAUCUUUGCCGUCAUUGCCGUUCAGCUGUUCCACGGCAAGUUUUUCUACUGUAACGAUAGCAGCAAGUCCAUCAACGGCACAUGCCAGGGUUAUUAUUUCAAAUACGAAGCCGGCGACACCGAAGACGUGAACUCACAAAAGUUCAUACCGACCUCGGAGAAGAGGAUAUGGGAUCAACAGGCCUUCUACUACGAUAACGUGGCCGUGGCCAUGUUGACGCUGUUCGCCGUCCAGACGGGCGAAGGAUGGCCCCAGGUGUUGCAAAAUUCGAUAGCGGCCACGGAAGAAGACCAAGGACCCAUACCGAAUUACCACAUCGAAAGGUCGUUGUUCUACAUAAUUUAUUUUAUCGUGUUUCCUUUCUUCUUCGUCAACAUAUUCGUCGCGUUGAUCAUCAUUACGUUUCAAGAACAAGGAGAGGCCGAAUUACAAGACGGCGAAAUUGAUAAAAACCAGAAAUCGUGUAUCGAUUUUACCAUACAAGCCAGACCGCUGGAGAGGUACAUGCCGAAAGACAGGAAUAGUAUGAAAUACAAAAUAUGGCGACUGGUAGUGUCGACGCCGUUUGAAUAUUUCAUCAUGAUACUGAUCGUCUUGAACACGCUGUUACUCAUGAUGAAGUUUUAUCAACAAAAAAAAUCCUACAAGACUGCUCUACAUUACAUGAACAUGGUGUUUACUGGCAUGUUUACCAUUGAGUGCGUGCUCAAAAUUUUGGCGUUCGGAGUCAGGAAUUUUUUUAAAGAUCCGUGGAAUAUUUUCGACUUCAUCACGGUCAUCGGAAGUAUCGUGGACGCGCUGGUCAUCGAAUUUGGGGAAAACUUCAUAAACGUCGGAUUCCUCCGGCUCUUCCGCGCCGCAAGACUGAUAAAACUGCUCCGGCAAGGGUACACGAUACGGAUAUUGCUCUGGACGUUCGUCCAGUCGUUCAAAGCCCUGCCCUACGUGUGCCUGCUGAUCGGCAUGUUGUUCUUCAUAUACGCCAUCAUCGGGAUGCAGAUUUUCGGCAACAUUGAGCUGAACCCCACCACAGAAAUCAACAGGCACAACAAUUUCCAAACGUUUGUCCAGGGUCUAAUGCUAUUGUUUCGAUGCGCCACGGGCGAAGCGUGGCCGUCGAUCAUGUUGUCGUGUAAUCAUGGGAAAAUGUGCGAGCCGGGUGCCAAAAGUUGGACUAUGAUUGCGGUUCGAACAUGGCCCUACAUGUAUUUUGUGUCGUUCAUAUUUUUCUGCUCGUUUCUGAUGUUGAACUUGUUCGUGGCAGUCAUCAUGGACAACUUCGAUUACCUGACCAGGGACUCGUCGAUUCUGGGUGCUCAUCACCUAGACGAAUUCGUUCGGAUAUGGGCGGAAUACGACCCAAACGCCACGGGGAAGAUACACUACACCGAAAUGUACGAUAUGCUCAAAAACAUCGAUCCGCCAUUGGGCUUCGGUGAUCCGCCAUUGGGCUUCGGUAACAAGUGUCCCAACCGUUUGGCGUACAAGAAACUCAUUCGGAUGAACAUGCCGGUCGAUCAGGACGGCAAGGUACAGUUCACCACGACGCUGUUCGCGCUCAUCCGGGAAAACCUGAGCAUAAAGAUGCGAUGUGCCGAAGAGAUGGACCAGGCGGACGAAGAAUUAAGAGAGACCAUCAGACACAUAUGGCCGUUACAGGCCAGAAAGAUUUUGGACCUGCUCAUUCCAAAAAGCGAUUGUCUGAACACCGGAAAACUGACGGUAGGCAAGAUAUACGCGGGUCUGUUGAUUUUAGAGAGCUGGAAGUCCACGAGAUUCGGUCAGGUCGAAUCGUCGAAUCCACAGGACAUUGCAGAACAUAGUUCCCCAGAGCCGCACUCAUCAUUCUUCACGUGCCUGAUGGAGGCCGCCGGUGCGACAAAUUGGAACGCGGAACGUGGACAGGACGAGGACGAAAAUAGCUGUUUGCUGACCAGGAACAACUCCAGGAGCCGGUCUAAAAAGGUGAUGGAGCUGACAGACGUGGUGAUUUCAUCGCGGAGGCCGUCCGAAGAUUCCAACUCCGACGGACAACAGCCCCAGCAUCAGGGUAUGCACUUACAUCCCGGUUACAGACAACAGAGAUCGCGAUCGCCGAGCAUACGUAGAGAGCGUCAUACCCCGUCGCCAAUCAGGAGGUAUCAUCAACAAUCUCACCACUACCAUCACCACAGUCAUCAUCCACACGAGAUCGGCUUCAGUGACACUGUGUCCAACGUCGUCGAGAUCGUCAAACAGCUGGAUCAUCGUCGCCAUCCUAGAGGUUCUUGGUCGGCGUCCACGAGUCCAGUUCGGUCACCCAGCCCGGACAGGUCGGAGAGUGGCCGCACGUACUACGGCACUACCAGCCUGGACCAGCGGUCACGUUCCCCGUCGCCGGUGUCGACGAACGGCAGCGGCCGACACCAGCAGCACCACCACCACCAGCAGCAACAGCAGCACCACCAUCAGCAGCAGCAGCAACAGCAGCAGCAGCUCCAUCAGCAGCAGCAGCAACAUCACGGAGGAGGCGGCGGCGGCGGGGCAUCGGCCUCGUCGUCCGCCGCUGCCGGGCCGACGUCGUCGAGACAGCAGCAACAGCACCAGCAGCCGGCGCCGCCGCCACCGCCGUCGUCGUCGUCGUCCGUGUCUCACCACGGGCCGCACCAUCCGCCGCAGUCGCUGUCCGGCGGUGGUGGCCACGCGACCUCCGUGUCGGCCAUGAUGACCGGCGCGGCCGCGGCGUCGGCGGCUGCGGCGGCCAUGACGAUGCCGCCGCCAUCUGUUCUGGUCAACAGCAGUUACCCCGUGCUGGCCGUGGCCGGUUGCAACAGGCGCCGGUUGCCGCCCACGCCCAACAAGCCGUCGUCGCUGCAGCUCCGGCCGCCGCACCACUCGGCCUCGAUAAACUUCCCGAAGCUGAACGCGUCACCGACGCGCGGCCAGCCGGCGGCGCUGCCCAAACCGCCGGCCGUGGCCGCGUCGUCCACGUCUACGGCCGCGGCCGUGGCCCGGCAGAGUAUGGCCAUGACGGCCAUGCCGCCGCUCAGCUUCGAGCAGGCCAUGUCGAUCGGCCGCAGCGGCCGGCUGCUGCCGUCGCCGGUGCGCAACGGGUACGCAUCGUCGUCGUCCAAGCAGCAGCAGCAGCAACAGCAACAGCCGUCGUCGUCGUCGUCGGUGUCCGCGAUCAGGCGGCAAAAGAGCGGCGGCGGCGGCAGCGGUGGCCGAGUGAGCAGCCGGCACAGCGAUUCGGACGAGGACGACUGGUGCUAACCCUUGCUGUCUGGUAGUGGCCGUCGCCGCCGCCAUAGCAGCAACAGCAGCAGCAGUAGCAGCGACGACGACGACGACGAUAGACUUUGCUGCAGCAGCCGCCAACGACGACCGCGGCGACGACUGCCGCAACGACGGAAAACGACGGUCGUCAGAUCGUUUCGGUCGCCCGCAACGUCACGGUCACCUCGGCCGACGACCGCUGCCGCGUCGUCCUGCUCGUCGUCUUCAUCGUCGUCGCUGUUGGACUACUCCUCACGUUCUGUUGCGCCGCUGUCGCCGCCGCCGAACAAGCAGCAGCAGCAGCAUUAGCCGCCGCUGCCACCGCCCAAAUUUAUAAAUAUUAACAUAAUAUAUUAUUAUUAUUAUUAUUACCUAAUUAUUAUUAUUAUUAAUAACUAUUUCCCGAACUAUAAAGAUAAGAAAAACACACGGCUCGUUAUUUUGCGCGUAUACUCUCGUCGUCGUUUUUUCGUUUUGAAUUUUUUUAAAUAUAUUGAUUUUUAACGUAUGCGUGCAGUCUCAUCUCAACGGUGUGGCUAACAUUUUGUUAAGAGGUCGAUAAUAAUAUGAUAUUAUAUUAUAUUAUAUUUAGUGGAUAAAUAAUAUUAUAUUUCCGCAAAGUGUUGGUUUUUGUUUUGUUUUGUUUUGUUUUAUAAUCUCAUGAACGUAUUUUUUAUCGUAAUAUACAAUAAAACAAUAAUAAUAAUUGUAUUACAAUCGUCGCGCAGUUUCCGUACAUUCAGAUUAUAACAUAUUAUAACAUGUUCGUGUGUAGGUACAUAAUAAUAUACGUUUAUAUUAUUAUUUAUGCAUACAUUUUUUUUUAUGGCCGGACAUUCCCUUCUUUUCACUCAGUAGUCCCUACAACCUUACAACAACCCUUUCACACACACGAAUGCCACCGAUCACAAUAAUAUAAUAAAACUCACCGUCGUCGUGUUCACCCACACACCCACACAUCGCAAGCGUCUCUUAAUAUAUUAUUAUUAUUAUGAUUAUUAUUAUCAUCAUCAUGUGGUCGUGUCUCGUUAUUUUAUUAUAUCGCUCUACUCUUUACAAUCAUAAUAUAUUACACACAACAAACACACACAUACACACUCACACAACAAUAUCGAAUUAUAUUAUACUACUAUUAUUAUCGAUCUGUUGAAUUAAAAUAAUUAAAGUUUAAAAACUAAAUAAUAAUAAUCGUUGUAAAUAACAUCCCUCUCCCCCGCAAUCCACGUGAAUAAAAUCUAAUUGUAUAUAAUAUUAUACUAUGGGGGACGGAGUGGCCGACCCGGGUUCGAUACCUCGGCCGCGGGCGGCAUUUUUCUUCGGGCAAGUCACGGUGUCCGGAGAACAAGUUCCACCAUCCCCCCCCCCCCCAGGGCACGGCAGAAACCCACGGGUACCCCAUUAGAAAUUCUGCCAAAACACAACACACACGUGUACCAACCUACCUAAUUUAAAAACCUAUAGUGCCCUCCUCCACACCCAAUGGCCUAUGUUGCCGCGGGUUACCCAAUAAAAAAAAAAAAAUAUUAUACUAUGUAAUAUUAUUAUUAUUAUUGCUUAUUUCGUCGCCGUACACAUAUUAUAUAAAUUAUGAAAUGCGUUAUAGGUAAUUGAAUACGAGAUAAAUAUAUAUAUUUUUAAAAAAAAAAUCGCCUUUACAUUUGCAUAAUUAUUAUAUUAUUUUUAUCGCUUUUAAUUUUUCUUUUCCAAAAUAUCUAUACAAACCGUUACGACGUCGAUCAAAUACGUAAUAUUUUGGAAUAAAUCUAUUGGAUUUCUCCACCCCCUUUCCUCCACGGCUCUCGGUAUCGAUUGUUGUAACCCAACUCAACCUAACGUGCGUGCAGUACUUUCGCGGUUCUCACACUUUCGAUACCCAGGUACCUAACUAUCUUAACGUUUUCAAGUAAUUCAUUAUAAUUUAUAACACACACGCUCAAUGUAGGUACUAAAAUAAUAACAAUAUAUCAUAUUGUGUAGCUGCAACGCGAACAGUUACUCUAAUUUUUUUUGUCGUCCGAUAUAUACGUUUUGAAAAAACUACGAGUGUAGUGUAUAACCACUGGCGGCUUUUUUUCGGCAAUAAAAUUUAAUGACGUUAAAUUUUUUUUUCUCAAAAUUGCGCAUUCAAAGGGCACCCGACCUCUUUUUUGUGAUCUUAUGGUCUGUGAUUAUAUUAUUUUCUUAACAUUUUUUUUUCACGACAUAAUAUUAUAUAGUUGUAUUGUAUUCGUUGUGUAUAUGAACGAUGAUAAUACGAUGCUUUACCUGUUAAAUUAUAAUUCCAUUGAAUCCUUAAACAUCUUUAUUUUAGUUUUUUUUAAAUAUUUGUCGUAACAAAAUAAUAACAUGUUCAUUGUACAAAAUGUCGCUUAUUAUAUUUAGUACCUAUACCUAUUAUAUUAUCAGCUACCAGCAGUGCACUGUAAUUUAAUAUUAUAUUGUUAAUUUUCCGGAAAUUCGAAAAACGAACACGACGAGACAUGUCUUCUUCUGCAGUAUCGAUAAUAUUAUGACGACAAGGGGAUGUCCGCGACAUUGUUUUCCGUAUCGUAUUCGAGAUAAAAAAAAAAUAAUAACCAUAUUCUCGUCUCAUCACGGAACGGACAAAGCGAAAAACAAUAAUAAUAUUAUUUAUUUAAAAACACUAAUAUUAUUAAUAUUGUACGACACUUCGGUCGCUAAGCAAACGUCAUAGACACAACUAUUGAUAUUUACGAUUUAGGGGUUGAAUUUUCCGAACCGAUUGAGACGUCGGAUUUCAUCAGCAGCUGUGUACGUUCAUCUUAAUCCGAAUUUCGCUUUGCCUAAAAGUACAAAAAGCGCUAAUCUCGGCAAUACGCGUUAUCGUUUUCUCCGUUUUGUUUAAGUAUACUAAUUAUAUUGUACCCAUUAUAAUCACAUUAUCAUCUGAAAACGCUUUCGUAGACACAGGUUUCACAAUCGUCGCGAAUUUCUCUAAUUGUAUUUUGUGUGUGUGUAUGUUUAAUUAUACCGCAUAAUAAUAUAUUAUUAUAUUUCGUGGUUUCUUCGUUUUGUACUUUUGGAGCGUUUAUUAUGUUGUUCAGUAUACUCUAUAUAAUAAUAUUAUUAUUAUUAUAAUUAUUAUAUUAUACAAUAUUAUGCGACUUUAUGUUGCGUGCGAUCGUGUAGGCAACUAUGUUGUACCUUAUAUUAUUAUGUUCUGUUAUAUAUUUCGUGUUUCUCUUUUGUACAAUAAUAUUGUUCCGUUUCGUUUAAUUUGUUGUCAAUCGUUCCAUCUCGUGCGGUUUCGGAAACGUAGGUUUUAUAAACCAUGUACUCAUAAUAAUAUAUUUCUCGUAUAUAUUGUUUCUAUAUAUUUUCAAUUAUUAAGUUUGUUUGUUCCCUCUCCUCGUCUAUAGUCUACCAAUGACAUCCACACACCCGUCCAUCCAGACACACACACACACACACACACACACACAUACACACGUGCACACAAACCACAUAUAAAUACGACAUAUUAUAUACAGGUUUAUGGUUUAAGCGAAGCCACCUAUAUAGGUACCUGUGCCUACCCGUUUGAAAGACACGAUUUUAUUUCGGACAAGAUUGGACACAACCUCCUCACGUAUACCAUGUUAUGAUAUAGUAUUAUGUAUAUAGUUAAGAGUAAAGUAAUACCUCAAUCGUGCCUACCUAAUAAAAUGUGACGAUAUAAUAUUGUCGUUGACGAAUUCGCAAACAUCCCCCAUGGAAAGACCGCAUUUUAUCGAUACUUGAAGAACAUAUUAUAAUAAUAUUAUCAUAAUAUUAAUACCUCGGUGGUUUCAUUUGAAUUUCUCUCCCAUUUUCUUUCCGUGUUGGUCAUAACUCUUAAUAAUAAAGUUGGCACGUAUAGCUUUGAUCUCUGGUAUACAGGGGCCAUCCCUCGUACGAGAUUAUGUACCUACCCGCGGCCUCAUAAAUCGUAAGUCAAGACCUGUACGUAUAAUAUGAUACGACCGCGUGCAUGCCAAAGUGCAGAGCCGUCUACAUAAUACUAUAUGACGUAAUAGUAUAAUAACAUAUUGUGUGUGUGUGUGUGUUCGAAAACCAAUAAAUCGAAUUAGAACUUUUGACUAGUAUUUUUAAAAACAAUCGUAAAUCGAUUUCGAUCCACGUACGCACGCUAGGCCGAGUAUAUUAUAAUAUUUUGUAUUAUUUUAUACACGUAAAAAUAUUAAAUAAAAUAGACAUGAUAGUAUAAUAUUAUACUGCAUAAUAUUUUAUAUUAUUAUGAUAUGUAUAUGUUAUCUUUCUCUCUCAUAAUCCUCUCUUUAUCUUACUCUCUGUGUCUCUCUCUCUCUCUCUCUCUCUCACUCGAACUAUCUAUAUGAUAUCUAUUUACCGUCUAUCUUUAUAUUUUAUCUCUGUAUUUGUGAAUAUAAUGACUUUGUACAUAGUAUAGAUUUUGUUUGAUUGUUAAUUUAAUUAAUUUUUUUUUUUUAAUAAAUACAAUUUUUUUAAAAAAAAUUCAAAAAAAAAUAUCAAGUUCUAGGAUAAUUUUUCUAGUCGAUAAAUACAUUUUAUUUCACACGGGACCAUAAGAUAUAAUGUUAAUUUUCAUUUUCAUUUUUUGCCGUCGUCUCACCACCGACGUGUUUAUGUUUUCAAACUGCCAAUAUACAUUUUGAUUGUAAUACUAAUAUUAUUAUUAUAAACGGAUCGUCGUGAAUUCAUAUUUUUAGGUGAAUUUUAUCGUUAAAUUUUAUCAUUCAACAUAUUAUUAUUGUGUUUUAAACUGAAAAUUCUCGCAAGUUUUUUUUUUUGUUAUGUUAUGAAAAUACAAUUAUAAUUAUAAAUAUUAUUAUUAUUAUUACUCUCUUUAAACGCUAUUUUAACAUAAUAUUAUAUACAUAUACUUACAUCAGAGUAACGCAUUUAGAAGCGUUAUUAAAAAAAAAAUCUGUGAUAAAACGACAAACCUGUGUAUAAUAUAUAUCUUAAUAAUAAUUUUGAAAAAAAUAAGUGGUGUAUUCAAUUCCGUCUGAUUUGAUAUUUUCCUUGGGAUUCCAAUUUAUCCCAUCGAAAGAUAAAAAAAAAUUGAAUUUUUUAAUUAUCCUAUACGUCAUGUAUACCUAACCUAGUAAUAUAUAUACACAUAAAUAAUACGUCGCUAACUCUCUCUAUCUCUAUAUAUAUGUGUCUAUAUCUAUACAUCUCUUUAUUUAUACGCUUGCUGAUGUCCCUUCCGUGCUUGUCUAAAACAACACUUUGUCUUUGGCCAUUAAAAAAAUAUUAUAUAUAAUAAUAUAUAGGUACAUAUUAUAUGAAAAAAAAAAUUCAAUACAAUACCUGUAAACACUAAAAUAUAAUGUAAAUUAUUAAUAAUAUUGUAAUCAAAGUUGCCUUAUUACUAACCGUAAGUUUCCGGUUGUAAUUUCCUUUUUUUGUUACAAAAUAAAAGUUGAAAAAAAAAUUUAAAAAAAACUGUAUAAAAAAAUUAAUUUUAAGUAUUUAAAAAAAUAGUGUUAUCAUUAUACUAAAAAAAAAACUGUAUAAAAAACGGAGGUGGAACGGGUAUAUUACUAUUUUUUUUCCAAUGUGAUUCAUAUAUUAUUAUUACCUAAUUGUUUUAGGGAUUUCCUUUUAGAACAAACUAUUUUUUUUUCUAGAUAUAUUUAAAAUGAGUUGUCGAAUUUUUUUGUUAAAUAAUAUUUGUUGUUGUUACUUUUUCGACAAUCCGUUUUUCUAUGCUGUAAAACAAGACGCGCGUAGAUUUUAUCUUGUAAAAAAAAAAAAAUUACUAAAAAAAAAUAAAAAUUUAUGAAUACCAAAAAAAAUUUCAUUUUUUUUUUCAUACGUCGUUUUUCAAUAAUAAUUAUAAUAAUAUUAUAUUAUA